AUGUAUAAGACAGCGACGCUCGAGUCGGCAGGCUCGACGCCGUCUAUCGAGCAUGUCGCCACCACCACCGCCGCCACGGCCGAGCAGCAACCACUGGCGCUGUCGUCGUCGUCAAACAUGGACGUGUCGGACCUGCGCGGGCUGUCGCUCUACCAGCGAAAGUGCACCCUCAUCAACCGCGAGAUUGACGCGUACGGCAUGGGCCGGUACCAGUGGUGCGUGUGGGCGCUUUGCGGCUGCGGCUACUUCAUCGACCUGCUCUGGGCGCAGGCGUUUGGCCUCGUCCUGAGCCCGCUGCAGCAGGAGCUGGGCUUUGGCAACGGCAAGUCGGGCAACAUUGCCACGAGCUUCAACGCCGGCCUCACGGCGGGGGCCUUUUUCUGGGGCUUCAUGGCGGACAUAAUCGGCCGUCGAUGGGCAUUCAACCUGACGUGCCUGGUCUCGUCGGUGUUCGGCCUCUGCCUCGGCGCCUCGGAGAGCUACACGACCUUUCUCGUCCUCACGGCCUUUGUCGGCUUCGGCGUUGGCGGCAACAUCCCCGUCGACUCGGCCAUCUUCCUCGAGUUCGUGCCGCGCAACCGACGCUUCCUGCUGGCGUGCCUGUCGCUCUUCCAGCCGCUGGGCGUCAUCGUCUCGAGCGCCAUCGCCUUUGGCUUCAUCCCGGGCUACUCGUGCUCGCCCAACUUUUCCGAGCCGGACCAGCUGCCGUCGUGCCACAACGUCGCGGACGGUGUUGUGUGCUGCACGCGCGGCAGCAACAAGGGCUGGCGCUACGUGCUCUUCACCACAGGCGCCCUCUCGCUGACCGUGUUUGUGCUCCGCUUCUUGGUCUUUUCGUUUAAAGAGACGCCCAAGUUUCUGGUCUACUCGGGCCGCGACGGCGAGGCGAUUGAGACGAUGAGACACAUUACGGGCGGCAAGGGCAGCGACUGUCGCCUCACGGCCGAGGUGUUUGAGACGAUUGAGCGCGACUUUGAGUCGGAAAUCAGCAGCAGCAGGAGCUCCCAGUCGGGAGUCUUGCUGCAGGAGACGAACAAAGGCAGCAAUGCGCGUGCAAAGAUGGCUGGCAAACUGUCUCCGUACAAGGUCUUCUUCAGCAGCUGGGGCAUGGCCAGGCUGACCAUCCUGGUCUGGCUGACGUACGCAAUGGACUUUUCCGGCUUCACCGUCGCGGGCUUCUACCUGCCGAGGAUCCUCGCCAUCAAGAACGGCGCCGCCAACGUGAGCCUCAAGUUCACGUACGCCGCCUACAUCUACACGUACGCGCCGGGCAUCCUGGGCGUCUUUGCCGGCGCGCUCAUGUACACGGUGCCGGCGUUUGGGCGCAAGUGGACCAUGGUCUUCUCGUCGGCCCUCAUGGGCACGUCCAUCUUUCUGCUGGCCACCGUCGACUCGGUGGCCAAGCGCGAGGGCCUGUUCACGCUCGAGUACUUUUUCCAGUCCAUGUUCAACGCCGUCCUGUACGGCUGGACGCCCGAGGCGUUCCCGGCGCCGAUCCGGGGCUUCGCGUGCGGCGUCGCCGGCUUCUGGGGCCGGCUUUUUGGCAUCGUCAGCCCGCUGAUUGCGCAGAGCCUGUACGGCCGGGCGACGGACGGCGAGGGCGGCGAUAUCAAUGCCGUCCUGUACCUGGCGGGCGGCAUCACGCUGGGCUGUGUUCUCAGCACGGCACUGCUGCCGUCCAAGCUCAUGGAGUCGGAGGAUGAGGUGAAGCGAUGA